UCACAUCGUCUCGGACCAAGAUGCAGCCCAGCGUGCCGGCUGUGCUCCGCAUAUAAUAUAAGCAGGAGAAGACAAGAGGACGCGGAGCGGCUCGACAGGUGGAACCCGGCACGGUUUUACGCACAGACUCUCCGCGGCGCACCGACACGAUGCUGCUGCCGCCCGGCGCUCUGCUGCUGCUGCUGGCGGCUCUCUACUCGAGUGUGGACCUGACAGGGGCUGAGGGGGGUUGUGGAGCCUCGUGUGGAAAAUGCGACUGCAGCGGCGUGAAGGGGGCAAAGGGGGAGCGUGGAUUUCCUGGUCUCCAAGGCAAUAUGGGAUUCCCAGGAAUGCAGGGACAUGAGGGGCCCCCGGGGCCGAUGGGACCCAAGGGAGAUCUGGGAGAGUCUGGAGCUCCAGGAAUGAAAGGAGUGCGAGGCCCUCCUGGUCUUCCAGGCUUCCCAGGAAAUCCAGGACUACCAGGCAUCAAUGGAAACGACGGCCCCCCGGGUCCAUACGGCAUACCCGGAUGUAACGGGACCAAAGGGGAUAGAGGAAGGGACGGCGUUCCUGGUUUUCUGGGUCCCCAAGGGUCUCCUGGCAUCGCAGGAAUACCUGGGAUGAAGGGUGACCCCGGCGGCGUGAUGGGAAUCGUCCCCUUGAAAGGAGAGAGAGGUUUCCCCGGCACACCUGGACUACCUGGACAGUCUGGCCUUCGUGGGCCGACCGGGCCUCCGGGGUCGCGAGGAUAUCCAGGACUUAAAGGUGAUAGUGGUCCCCCUGGCCCCCCAGGAGAAAAAGGUGACAGGUUGGCCUUUGUGAGUCAGAAAGGGGAUAAGGGUAGCCAAGGAGCUCGAGGCCCCCCAGGCCCCCCAGGACAUCAAGAAGCGACUGGAGAGACCACCGUGCUUGUGCCUGGACCUCCGGGGAUCCACGGACAAAAGGGUGACAAAGGAGAACACGGCUUUUGUCUCCCUCAUCAGCACGGGAUCAAAGGUGAACCGGGUCAACCUGGGUCAGAAGGUAAACGUGGAAAGGAUGGAGAAGAUGGGCUGAAGGGAGAAAAAGGCUUUCCUGGCACUCUUCCUGGAUAUCCUGGAUUACCAGGUGAAAAAGGAGAGAGAGGACCCCCCGGUUAUGGAAGUGGUGAACCUGGCCCCCCUGGUACCCCUGGCUUCCCCGGAUUAAAUGGAGAAAAAGGUUUUCCUGGUCCGCAGGGAGAGGCCGGUCCACCUGGGGCUCACAUUGAAGGCCCUCGGGGAGAGAGGGGUCAGAAGGGAGAAGUGGGAGAAAAGGGCGACACUGGCGUAGAGGGAGAGUCUCUUCCCGGACCACCAGGACAACCAGGUCUCCGUGGACCCCCCGGACCGCCCGGACAACCGAUCGACCCGAAUGCGUGUGACGUUGAGAAGGGAAAUCCUGGCCCAGCUGGACCCCCUGGGUUACAAGGCGAAGUGGGACAAAAAGGUGACAAAGGAGAUACUUGCCUUCGCUGUGAGGUCGAUGGUUUACCUGGAUUACCUGGACCCCAAGGCAAUAAAGGAGAACAGGGACCACCUGGUUCUGGUGGCAGCAAAGGAGAGAAAGGUGGUCAUGGCUUCCCCGGACAGUCUGGAAGACCUGGUGUCCCGGGAACUCCUGGUUUGAUGGGAUCUCCUGGUGCUGUAGGGGAGCCAGGCGAUAUUUCCGUUGCACCUGGUCUGAAGGGGGAUAAAGGUCUUCCUGGUCUCCCCGGUUUAGAAGGACGAUCAGGGCAAGAUGGACUGUCGGGGAGAGAAGGCAUCCCAGGUCUUCCUGGUGUCAAAGGCGAACCUGCCAAGGAGGGCAUCAAGGGUGAACGUGGACCAGAUGGAGAGCCUGGUCUUGUUGGGCCGAUAGGAGAAAGAGGUCCUCCAGGUGUACCAGGCUUUGGCCAGACAGGAGAGCGUGGAGAGAAGGGCAGUCAGGGGAGACCGGGAACUUCUGGAGUUCCUGGAUACCCAGGUCCAAAAGGUGAACCAGGUAAAGGUGUUAUCACUCCAGGACCUCAAGGAGUACCUGGACCACGAGGAGACAAUGGCAGACCUGGACUUCAAGGCGAGAUAGGUCUGCCAGGUGAUUCAGGGUUGCCAGGUUUUCCUGGACAAAAGGGAGAGACAGGACCACCGGGAAUUGGAUUUCCAGGCCCAUCAGGCCAAAAAGGAAUCAGUGGAAUUCCAGGAGCUUCGGGACUUCCCGGAGAGCCAGGAAAACCAGGAAGGGAUGGCGUGACUGGAAACUCUGGUCUACCUGGCCAAAAGGGUGAACCUGGGCGGGGUCUCCCAGGUCCAAAAGGUUCCCAAGGCCCCCCUGGAGUUAGCGGUUUCCCAGGAGAGAAGGGUAACAUUGGGUUCCCUGGUGUCCCUGGAAGAGAAGGGACGUCAGGACCACCGGGACCUCAGGGUCACAAAGGUGAGAUUGGGACACCAGGACUUCCCGGCCAGAUUGGCCGAGAAGGUCCUCCUGGAAAAGGUUCACCUGGAGCUCCUGGACCAGAGGGACCCGCUGGAGAGCCUGGACCAUAUGGUGGGAUCGGUUCCAAGGGAGAUAAGGGCUUCCCAGGUCUUCCUGGUCUCGACAUGCCGGGCCCUCAAGGCGAGAAGGGAACCCCUGGUUUCCCAGGAAUUCCAGGUUUUAAAGGACUCCCCGGCCCGCCAGGCUUAUCGGGCAGAGACGGACUCAUCGGAAACGAAGGUCCUAAGGGUGAAAUGGGUGUGAUGGGAACACCAGGGUCACCUGGAUAUCCUGGACUUCCAGGCAACCCCGGCUCUCCUGGCGAGAGAGGGGAUCCUGGUCUCACUGGACCGAGAGGAGAAAUCGGAGGAUUUGGCACUAAAGGUGAAAGGGGAUCUCAAGGUAGCCCUGGACCUCCUGGGAAUAUGUCUGAGACCGAAAUGGUGAACAUGAGGGGGGAGAAGGGCAACCCUGGAGACCCAGGUGUGCGCGGCGACACCGGAGAGAAGGGCCACAUCGGGAUUGCAGGGGACCCAGGAAUGCCUGGCAAAGACGGAGAACCUGGAUUACCUGGAAAACCGGGUGAAAAGGGAGACCUGGGCUAUCCCGGAGAGCCCGGCAGUCUGGGACAACCGGGAACGAAAGGCAGUGUGGGCGAGAUGGGAGUGCCAGGUCCGGUCGGCCCCAAAGGUACGAAAGGAGAUAGUGGCACACCAGGUCAUCCGGGAUUCCAAGGUACGGGCGGUGACAAAGGAGACCAGGGAACGGCUGGAGAGCCGGGCAUCGGGGUUCCAGGAUUUCCGGGGGAGAAGGGUCUGAGCGGCCAGCCGGGAUUCCCGGGGACACCUGGAGAGAAGGGUGAGAAAGGUUACGGGGGAAUGCCCGGAAAGCCCGGACAUGAAGGAUCCAAGGGAGACAAAGGAAGCAUUGGCUUUCCAGGUCAGGCAGGCAGACCGGGAGAGAAGGGCGGCCCUGGGCUUCCAGGGUCUGCAGGAGAGGCCGGUCAUGACGGCCGUCCCGGUGAAGGUGGCCUGCAGGGACCCCCGGGACCCCGUGGAGAGAAGGGGGAGGCGGGUGUGGACGGUAUUCCUGGAUCUACGGGGGAGAGAGGAGACCCAGGUUUAUCUGGUCAGGGUUUCACUGGGCCACCUGGAGAUCUCGGUGUCAAAGGUGACAAAGGUAGUCCUGGUUUCCCCGGCACCCCCGGCCACCCAGGUGUCCCUGGGAUCAAAGGGGACAAGGGACUUCCAGGCCAGCAGGGAGUCCAGGGAGAGACCGGAGAGCAAGGUCUCCAAGGUGUCGCGAUGGAAGGCCCCAAAGGAGAGAGGGGAGAUACGGGACCUCCGGGCCAAGCAGGUGUCCGAGGAGAACCGGGUCCGGGUGGCCUGUCGGGUCGAGACGGUCUGAAGGGAGACAAAGGUGACCAGGGUCUCCCCGGUUUCCAGGGGGAGACGGGACGAAAGGGCGACUUCGGAGCUCCUGGGAUGCCUGGACAAUCCGGCCUUCCAGGUAUCGACGGGCAGAAGGGAGAGCGAGGAUUACAGGGCGUUCCUGGCUUCCCAGGUCCAAAAGGAGACUUCGGGGACGGUGGAUUCAAAGGAGAAGUUGGAGACAGAGGAUUCCCCGGAGAAAAAGGCACUGACGGUCCCCCUGGUCCCCCCGGCCCCCGGCAGAUGGUCAAGGGAGAUAUCGGCUUCCCUGGAACUCAAGGUUUCACGGGACCUCAAGGCCCGUCGGGGUUCCCCGGACUGAAGGGACAACAAGGUGUGAGCGGUAUUUCAGGGCCUAAAGGUGAAGAAGGUCUCCCUGGAUACCACGGUCAGUCGGGAGCCAAAGGAGAGCCCGGUCUGACGGGGCCGGAAGGACCGAGAGGACAUCCUGGCCCCCCGGGACCCGACGGUGUUCCAGGUCAAGUGGGUCCACCAGGCCCCUCCUCCAUGGAGCACGGUUUCCUGGUGACGCGCCACAGCCAGACGGUGGAGGUUCCCUACUGCCCCGAAGGGACCCGGCUCAUAUACGACGGCUACUCGCUGCUGUACGUGCAGGGCAACGAGCGCUCUCAUGGACAGGACUUAGGUACGGCCGGCAGCUGUCUCAGGAAGUUCAGCCCUAUGCCCUUCCUAUUCUGCAACAUCAACAACGUGUGCAACUUCGCCUCCCGCAACGACUACUCGUACUGGCUGACUUCCCCGGAGCCCAUGCCCAUGAGCAUGGCCCCCAUCACGGGGGAGAGCAUCAAGCCCUUCAUCAGCAGGUGCUCCGUGUGUGAGGCGCCGGCCAUGGUGAUCGCCGUGCACAGCCAGACCAUCAUGAUCCCGGCCUGCCCUCACGGCUGGGACUCGCUGUGGAUCGGCUACUCCUUCGUCAUGCACACCAGCGCCGGCGCCGAGGGUUCGGGCCAGGCUCUGGCCUCCCCCGGCUCCUGCCUGGAGGAGUUCCGCAGCGCUCCCUUCUUCGAGUGUCACGGCCGAGGAACCUGCAACUACUACGCCAACUCCUACAGCUUCUGGCUCGCCACCAUCGAGGACGACGAGAUGUUUACGAAACCCAUCCCCACCACGCUGAAAGCGGGCAGCCUCCAAACUCACAUAAGCCGCUGUCAGGUGUGCAUGAAGAGGACAUAAACCCCCCCCAAGCCCCCCCUGCGUCCCUCAGUUCAGCGUGCAUCAAGAAAACAUCUGCGUCCUGGACUUGGCUUUACUUCCUGUUCUCGGAGGAUGGUGCUAUUUCUGCACGGCAUGUGUGAGAGGAGAGGGACGCUGAGCAGCCAGAGACUGAACGUUACAAACCAAAACACAGAGACCAAGUGGCCGUUUGUUAUUUUCUCUUUGCUCCGUGUAGAAACACAACCACGUCUCUGAAUGGCGCCCAGUUUACUGCUGCACUGAGUUCACGCCCCUGAAACUGGUAAACUCGGGCCGUUUGUUGGGAGUCAGGUGCUAUUGAUAUUUCACUUGUUUGCCUUUUCCUCCAUGUUCUCCUUUUAAUCUCUUUCACUUCCAGUACCACGUCAUUCAAACGUAUAACUACACAUUAUUAUAGAGUUUCUCACCUUGUAACCUGUUUAAACCUACUAAUGUUUCGGACGGGACUGACCACUGCUUACACACGUUUGUCGUUCGCCAAACCACCUUAACGUCGCAGACACAUAUAUAUAUAUAUAUAUGCUGUCACUUUGUUGUAAAUACAAUGCAUUCCCUUUUAACAUAGUUAAACAUACUCUCCUCAGGUUAUUACUGUAUUACUUUGUGUGUUAUUAAGCCAAUUUUUAUUUAUAAGAGCUCUGAGAAUAUGUUGGACUUGAGUUUAUCAGUAAUUCCAUGUAUCCAAAAACAGUGUUUCCAUGUUAACGUAGAUGACAGCACUGAGAUAGCAUAGACAGGUGUGCAUGUGUGUGUGCAAGUGUGUAUAAAAGUGUGUGUUGUGAUGUCUGCAAGCAUGUAUAGUUACAAACCUGUUGUUGCAAAUGAAUGUGAAGAAAUAGACAAAAAAAAAGGUUUUCUUCACCUUUAUCCUAGAAGAGUGUGAAUGACACCAGUGCAACUAGGGAUUUACCAAAUUUUUCUUCAUCUUUGAGCCCAAAGAAAUGCACAUGUAUAUACACUGUACUAACAUGUACUUGCAGCUGUGCUUGUGUAUUUGGCUGCUCCCGUUUAAAAAAAAGAAGAAAAAGAAAAUCCCAUUUCAUUUAGGGCGAGAUGUACUUGUCAUUAAGAGGGAAGGGUUGUUUUGUCAGUGCUGCAAGCACAUGCAGUUCUUCACAGGUUCAAAUGCUUUAACGGGCUCAAGUCAAUGUUUUUUUGAUUUGUUAUUUCCUAACAUUCAAAAUUUAGAGAUUCAGUUGAUCCUGGAGCAUCUCUUGUAAAAAGUUCCUGUCCAAAGUUAAUGUAUUGGAAUGACUUCCACAUUAAUUGAAAUCCUUAUUAUUUUUCAUAAUUGUGCUUAUUAGUUAGUCAUGGUUGUUAUAAAAUGUUCCAAAAGUACAGAUAGCAAUACCAGGAUUCGACAGCAAAACAGUGAUUAUAAAAAAAAAACCCACAGCAAAACAAACUUCAGCAAGAGUUUAUAUUUAUCCUCCAUCUCCUGCCGUGUAAUUCCUGCAAUAAAAGAUACAAGACUCUUA